CCGAUAGAUUUUGACAGCUGGUGUUUGGUUCUUUUCCUCCGCGUCUUUCUUUUGUAACGCGCACGUCGCAAACACAACACCGAGACCGACAGAAUGAAGCUUAACGUUUCCUAUCCCGCUACGGGAUGCCAAAAACUGCUCGAAGUCGUCGAUGAGCACAAACUCCGUGUGUUCUACGAGAAGCGUAUGGGCCAAGUUGUGGACGCUGACAUUCUCGGUGAUGAAUGGAAGGGCUACCAACUUCGCAUUGCCGGUGGCAAUGACAAGCAGGGCUUCCCAAUGAAGCAGGGUGUGUUGACCCAUGGUCGCGUCCGCCUGCUCUUGAAGAAGGGCCACUCUUGCUAUCGUCCACGCCGCACUGGUGAGCGCAAACGCAAAUCUGUGCGCGGCUGCAUUGUGGAUGCCAACAUGUCCGUGUUGGCUCUAGUGGUCGUCAAGAAGGGUGAGCAAGAUAUUGGUGGCCUGACCGACACCACAAUCCCACGUCGCCUGGGCCCCAAGAGAGCUAGCAAGAUCCGCAAGCUGUACAAUUUGAGCAAGGAGGAUGAUGUAUGUCGUUUUGUUGUGCGCCGCCCAUUGCCCGCUAAGGAUAACAAGAAGGCUACAUCGAAGGCUCCCAAGAUCCAGCGUCUGAUCACCCCAGUUGUCCUGCAAAGGAAACACAGACGCAUUGCAUUGAAGAAGAAGCGUCAGCAAGCAUCCAAGGAGGCUGCCGCCGAUUAUGCCAAGCUCUUGGUCCAGAGAAAGAAGGAAUCUAAGGCCAAGCGCGAGGAGGCGAAACGUCGCCGUUCUGCUUCGAUCAGAGAAUCGAAGAGCUCUGUCUCCAGCGACAAAAAGUAAAAGUAGAACUUUUAUAUUAAUAACAUCAGCAUCUACCCAACAUUCGUGAAAAACCAACGAACGUUAAUGUUCUUAAAAGUGUGUAACCGUUUCUGGUAAUAAAAGUGAAAAAAAUUGUAAA